GGCUUACGAAACGUCGGCUGAUGUCGAAGACUACUGGAGAAUGAAUGUUCAUUCUUAAUCUUCGCGGUAGAACCGUGCGACCACUUGUUGCUUCUUGAUACUUGAAGAAGACGAAUUAUAUUAUCAUUUUUCGCGUAUUAACUGUUUCUCAAAAUGAGUAAGCCUGUUGCAGAUAUUGCCCUCAUUGGCCUGGCUGUUAUGGGGCAAAAUUUAAUUUUGAAUAUGAAUGAUCAUGGAUUUGUUGUUUGUGCUUAUAAUCGUACAACAGAAAAAGUUAAAUCUUUCCUAGAAAAUGAAGCAAAAGGUACAAAAGUCAUUGGUGCAUAUUCUUUGAAAGAAAUGGUAGAAAAAUUAAAAUCACCAAGAAGAGUAAUGCUUUUGGUGAAAGCUGGUGCCGCUGUGGAUGCAUUUAUUGAACAAUUGGUGCCUUUGUUGUCUCCUGGAGAUAUUAUAAUUGAUGGUGGUAAUUCUGAGUAUCAGGAUACUGAAAGAAGAAGUAAAGAAUUAGACAAGAAAGGAAUUUUAUUUGUUGGUAGUGGAGUUAGUGGAGGUGAAGAUGGUGCCAGAUAUGGACCAUCUUUGAUGCCAGGUGGAAAUCCAAAAGCUUGGCCACAUAUUAAACCAAUCUUCCAGUCAAUAGCUGCAAAGGUCAAUGGAGAGCCGUGUUGUGAUUGGGUCGGAGAAACAGGUGCAGGACAUUUUGUAAAAAUGGUGCACAAUGGUAUUGAAUAUGGUGAUAUGCAACUCAUAUGUGAAGCAUAUCAUAUCAUGAGAAAUGGCUUGAAACUCAGUCCAGAAGAGAUGAGUAAAGCUUUUGAUGAGUGGAAUAAAGGAGAACUGGAUUCAUUCUUAACUGAAAUCACUAGAGAUAUUCUUAAAUACAAAGAUGAGAAAGGUUAUCUACUUGAGAGAAUUAGGGAUACUGCUGGUCAGAAGGGAACUGGAAAAUGGACAGCUAUCGCUGCAUUAGACUAUGGAGUACCUGUAACACUAAUUGGAGAAUCAGUUUUUGCUAGAUGUCUUUCUGCUUUGCAAAGUGAAAGAGUAAAAGCAAGUUCCGUAUUGAAAGGCCCUGAUACUGUGUAUCAAGGUGAUAAAAAACAGUUCCUAGAGCAUUUGAAGAAAGCUCUGUAUGCAUCCAAAAUUAUUUCUUAUGCACAAGGAUUCAUGUUAUUGAGGGAAGCCGCGAAAGUUCACAACUGGAAUUUGAAUUAUGGUGGUAUUGCUCUUAUGUGGAGAGGAGGAUGUAUCAUAAGAAGUGUUUUCUUAGGAAAUAUAAAAGUAGCAUUCGACAAAAAUCCCAAACUUUCCAAUUUGUUACUAGAUGAUUUCUUUGCCAAUGCAAUGAAAGAAUGUCAAGCUAGUGCUAGAAUAGUGGUAUCCACAGCUGUAUCACUAGGCAUACCAACACCUGCUUUAUCAACUGCUUUAGCUUUCUAUGAUGGUUAUAGAACUGCUCGGCUCCCAGCAAAUUUACUUCAAGCUCAACGCGAUUAUUUUGGGGCUCACACUUAUGAAUUACUUGGUGAAGAAGGAAAAUUUGUUCAUACAAAUUGGACUGGACAUGGUGGAAAUGUCUCUGCUUCCACAUAUGAUGCAUAAAUAGUUCAUACUAUUUUAUAAUAACAUAAUGUAUAUAUGAUGUGAAAUUGAGAUUUCUAUUAUGGUUAAUAAAUGUCUAUCAUUUAUAAUGUCUAACGGUUGUGAAAAACUCAGGGGAAAGAUGUUGUUCUUAAGUAAAAUAUAAAUUUAUUUAAAAAAUA